UGUUUUGCUAACGCUAACGUUUGCGAAAGAGCAGUCUUUGAAGCGUAAUUACGAUUAUAAUAUAGUUCCUUACUUGAUGUUCAUAGAGGGAAAAAAACAAGUAAGCCGAUUGAGAAAAGGUAAUCAAACGAAACGGUAGCUAUGUUACCGUCAAACUAACGUUAAGGUAACGCUUAAAAAGCAGUUUCCCGACUGAUAUAAAUGGAGACGAAGUACCCAACCCUGAAGAGACCAAAGAGGAAGCUCUGCUACCUUACUAACUCAAACAGUCCAUCUAUAAAGUGGACAAGAACACUGACUCCCACUUUGGGAGCCAUCGAUAAAAUAUUUGAUGACCUGGAUUCAUCCUCAAUUGAUGAUGUUGACAUAGUCCCGCCGUCUCCUCUGCGCCAGACCUCAGAUAAUGAGACUAACCAGAGUGAGAAAGAGGUGUCAACAGUCCCACAGGAAGGACAAAUACUGGAAAAACCUCCUGGAAGCCAUAUGGGUCCUAAAGGAGACAUUCUGCAUCCUGCAACAAGGUCGCCCAGUCCUAAUCUAGACAUCGAUUUGAACUUCCAAUUUAAAAUGCAUGGGCCAGUGAAGACAUCCAGUCCUAUUGAAGAAAACAUGGCUGUGGAACGUGUAGCAGAAUUGGACGAGGAAAAAGACAGAGUUGUGUCCCCGAUUCUCUUUGCCUGUGAAGAUGACGAAGAAGAGGAGGCGGAGGCGGAGCAUCUAUACAGCCAGAAACCGCAACGCGAGGAGCACAUCACAAAAGAGAGUGAUGACUUUGGUCUGGAGUCUCCUCCGAAUAGGGUUGCUUUAAGCAAACCAAAGAUGUCCUGCCACAAAAAAGAGUUGGAAGGUCUGGGAAAAGAGGGUCAUCCUGUCAAAGGAAACUCAUCCAGUAAAACUCAAACAGAUGUUUCAGAAGGUAAACCAGAAAGGCAAGAAAAGACCGAAGCGUCUGUGUCUAACGUGAGACAGGAUCCUAAACUGGCAGCUCCAAACAAAAAGUCAGAAAGUGUUCACAAUCAGCCUUCAGUCGAGGUUUCAACUUGUGUCAGAAAAAACAUGACGACUUUCAUACAGAAGCUUAAAGAAGCUGGACUUUCCAAACCUGCAUGUUCCAGAAAGUCUCUGUCGCCUGUAAAAGUAUCCACUCCUCCUCCUGAGCCAGAGGAGGAUUUCCUGAUUCUGGAGGAGGAAACCCCUCUUUGGAUUUCCAUUCCAACAAAAAGUGCCACCGGUGAGAAACAGAGACCGAGCAGAACGUCCAGCACCGACAAAGACAGCUCAAAAGACAAGGGGACGGAGGAGAGCCCGCCAGAGAGGACACAAGAACAACAGGAGUCUAAUCAGGCAAACAGAAAAGUGGGACACCAGGCUGUCAGUCAGGAAAUUAAGAAGAUGAAAGUGAAAGAGAAGAAGAACGAGUCAGCCAAGCAGAGAACUGACACGACUGAAUCAACCAGCCCGGAGGAUCUUCCUGUGGUUGAAUUAUUGGAACAAGAAAAACCAAACAAGAAGAAACAAUGGCUCAAGAAGCUUCCACCUAAAGAGAGUGACAAAGCAGAGGAGCAGCCUGAAGACACGGCCGAGAGGGAGAGAGAGGGAGGAGAGCCAACCCCGAAAAGACUUAACAAUCAGCCGCCAGUCGAGGUUUCCACUCGUGUCAGAAAAGACAUGUCUGCUUUCCUACUGAAGCUUAGAGAAGCUGGACUUUCCAAACCUGCAUGUUCCAGAAAGUCUCUGUCACCUGUAAAAGUAUCCACUCCUCCUCCUGAGCCAGAGGAGGAUUUCCUGAUUCUGGAGGAUGAAACCCCUCUUUGGAUUUCCAUUCCAACAAAAAGUGCCACCAGUAAGAAACAGAGACCGAACAGAACGUCCAGCACCGACAAAGACAGCUCAAAAGACAAGGGGACACAAGGACAACAGGAGUCUAAUCAGAAAAACAGAAAAGUGGGACACCAGACUGUCAGUCAGGAAAUGAAGAAGAUGAAAGUGAAAGAGAAGAAGAACGAGUCAGCCAAGCAGAGAACUGACACGACUGAAUCAACCAGCCCGGAGGAUCAACAAGAGAAACCAAACAAGAAGAAACAACGACUCAAGAAGCUUCCACCUAAAGAGAGUGACAAAGCAGAGGAGCAGCCUGAAGACACGGCUGAGAGGGAGAGAGAGGGAGGAGAGCCAACCCAAGACAAGACAGGCAGGGCUAAGUCGUCAAAGGGGGGCAGGAAAGUGAUGCAGGGGUCUGAUGGAAGAAAGGAGGCGGUGUACACUGAGACUGCGAAGGAACCAAGUAAGGAGCACGAAGAUCUAGAAGACCAGGACUCUGCAUCAGAAAGAGAAACCUCAAAGGAUUUCUCAGACGGAGAAGAUGAACAGAUACAAACGCCGCCCGUGUCUGACGGAACUCCACCCGAAGACGACCACAUUAUUGGGAAAAGGAAAAGGAAGCAGACCAGACGGUGGUGGCUAAGCUCCCCAGAAGAAACAGAAGCUGCAGACCACUGGCCUACGGUGAAGAAGCAGUCAAAGCAGAACAACAAGGAGCCCAUCGCAGCAACACGUUCACCGGUAAAGGCUAAGAAAGAAAAGGCUCUAAAGAAGAGGAAUCAGACAGAGUGUGCAACGUCGUCCUGUCAGGAUAAAAACAAAGGACGGAGCAAAAUCAAAAAGAAAGAGGGGGACACACCAGGCAAAAAAAGAGCAACAGAGGAAAGAGGAAAGGAAGAAGCAGAGCCGAUAGAAGAGCAGGAGCAGCAGGGUGAAGUCGAGGACCAGAACUUGGAUGAAGGGUCUAGUCCUUUGGACCUUUCACACAGAGGCCACAGCCUCAGCACAGGGGAGGAGGUAUUUCAUAGAGUGUAUCAUCACGUCUCUACUGAAAAACAGUACGUCACCCCAGCGCCUACUACUCCCAGAAGGCCGAGGGAGCAGCUUAGGACAGCAGAAUCAGAUAAACGGAGGAGGAAACGUCCGGGUAACUGGUGGGCCGUCGACGGCCCGACGGAGGAAGCGGAGAACAUCUCGUCAAAGCCGCAGCAGGAGCCCAAACCGAAGAAGGAAAGAAAAAAGGAGAGCAAACAGAGCAGGGGCUCCAAACUGGGGGCUCCUAAAAAUGGUAAUGUUGCAGUCUCAUCAAAGCCACCAGAGGGAGCUGCUGUUCCUCCUCUGAAGGGGAAGCCACUGUCAGCUCUCAAGACUGUCAAACGCUCUCUGGCCACGUUUGAAGACAUUUUCACUUCAGCUGCAGAGACCUCGACUGUGGAGAGCAGCAGAGGAGCAGUUCAGAAAAACACGCGUAAAGUCAGAGCUACUGACCUUUCAGUCCCAGAUAAAAGUGACAAAGGUAUUCUCAAUGAGGUUAAUGUCGAGGUCAGCCCUCCAUACCACGACACCCCACAGGAUGACAAGGGUCAUUCAGAGGACAUUUCAAUCCCCUUCAGAAGUGGACCGCCCUCCAUGUUUGAGCUGCAAGAGUACGAGGAGCAUGACACCAUGACUCGGCCGUCACCCAGCGUCCUUUCUGCCCUCUCUGCAUCCGAUCUGUGCGCCCCUCCUCUCAAACCGCUCAUCUUGCAGCCGAAGGAUAAGGCCAACCUGGCAGAGUGGUUUAAGUGUCUCUGGUCCACCUCUAUCGAUAAAGGUCCUGAAGUCAGUCCGGAGCAUUUCGACUGGUACUUCUAUCAGGGCCGAGCGAUCGGCUUCAUGGUGGACCUGAACUCUGGAAACAUCUGUAGUGGGAAAAUCCUGCUGGGCUCCUACAUGAAGAAGCCUCUGUGGGUGGAUCACAGCGCCACAUCAGUUUUUCACUUAUUAACCAGCUCUGUGAGCGUAGCCAUUGACGGCAGCGAGUCACGCUUCAAUCCAGGACAGUCCUUCAUGGUGCCAUGUGGUCAUGCUUACUGCAUUGAAAACGUCAGUAGGCAGCCUGCAGUUCUGUACUUCACCAGGGUAUUAACAGAAAGUUUGGACUAAAGUUGGAACCUUAAUGGGGCUCAAUCACCAGCCUCAUACUUCUUAAAAUCAUCAAACUUCAGAAUAUGUAAAAAAAAAAAAGACUGGAUAUGUAUGACAUAAUUUAAAUUGACCCGUUUCUGUACGAGCACAUGAGCUGUAAAUAGAUCUUUGUUUUUAAUAACUUACUUGACCGAUAUCUUUUGAUUUCAAUUAUAUAUUUUCUGAGAAAACCAAAAGAAAAUGUCUUAAUAAAAUGUUGUGCUUUUUAUGA